CGUGCGCGCUGGGGAGGCGGCGGGCACUGCGGGAGGCAGAGCGGCCGCCGAGCCGAGGAGCGCCAGGCAGGCGGAGAGCCUCGAGCUCGCGGGGCCAUAGACAGCGAGGACGGCGCAGACAGUCUCCCAGGCAGACCCCGAGGGUGCGGCCCGGGCUUCCACCGCGGAGGACAUGGCUUCCAGCCCGCUGCCGGGGCCCAACGACAUCUUGCUGGCCUCGCCGUCGAGCGCCUUCCAGCCUGACGCCCUGAGCCAGCCGCGACCUGGCCACGCCAACCUCAAACCCAACCAGGUGGGCCAGGUCAUCCUGUACGGCAUUCCCAUCGUGUCGCUGGUGAUCGACGGGCAGGAGCGCCUGUGCCUGGCGCAGAUCUCCAACACGCUGCUCAAGAACUUCAGCUACAACGAGAUCCACAACCGCCGCGUGGCGCUGGGCAUCACGUGCGUGCAGUGCACGCCGGUGCAGCUGGAGAUCCUGCGGCGGGCCGGGGCCAUGCCCAUCUCCUCGCGCCGCUGCGGCAUGAUCACCAAGCGCGAGGCCGAGCGCUUGUGCAAGUCCUUCCUGGGCGAAAACCGGCCCCCGAAGCUGCCCGACAACUUCGCUUUCGACGUGUCGCACGAGUGCGCCUGGGGCUGCCGCGGCAGCUUCAUCCCCGCGCGCUACAACAGCUCGCGCGCCAAGUGCAUCAAGUGCAGCUACUGCAACAUGUACUUCUCGCCCAACAAGUUCAUCUUCCACUCGCACCGCACGCCCGACGCCAAGUACACGCAGCCGGACGCUGCCAACUUCAACUCGUGGCGCCGGCACCUCAAGCUCACCGACAAAAGCCCCCAGGACGAGCUGGUCUUCGCCUGGGAGGACGUCAAGGCCAUGUUCAACGGCGGCAGCCGCAAGCGCGCCCUGCCGCAGCCCGGCGCGCACCCCGCCUGCCACCCUCUCAGCUCCGUCAAGGCGGCCGCCGUCGCCGCCGCGGCCGCCGUGGCCGGGGGCGGGGGGCUGCUGGGCCCGCACCUGCUGGGCGCGCCCCCGCCACCGCCGCCGCCGCCGCCGCUGGCCGAGCUGGCCGGCCCGCCGCACGCCCAUCACAAGCGGCCGCGCUUCGACGACGAUGACGACUCCCUCCAGGAGGCGGCCGUCGUGGCCGCCGCCAGCCUCUCGGCCGCCGCCGCCAGUCUCUCGGUGGCUGCGGCCGGGGGCGGCGCCGGGGCGGCCGGGGGCGGCGCCGGGGGCGGCUGCGUGGCGGGCCUGGGCGCGGGCACGGGCGCCGGCGGGGCGGCCAAGGGCCCGCGCAGCUACCCGGUCAUCCCGGUGCCCAGCAAGGGCUCCUUCGGGGGCGUGCUGCAGAAGUUCCCGGGCUGCGGCGGGCUCUUCCCGCACCCCUACACCUUCCCGGCCGCCGCGGCCGCCUUCGGCCUGUGCCACAAGAAGGAGGACGCGGGCGCGGCGGCGGCCGAGGGCCUGGGGGGCGCGGCGGGCGCGGCGCCCAAGGCCGGCCUGUCGGGCCUCUUCUGGCCGGCCGGCCGCAAGGACGCCUUCUACCCGCCCUUCUGCAUGUUCUGGCCGCCGCGGACCCCCGGCGGGCUGCCCGUGCCCACCUACCUGCAGCCCCCGCCGCAGCCGCCCUCGGCGCUGGGCUGCGCGCUCGGAGACAGCCCGGCCCUGCUGCGCCAAGCCUUCCUGGACCUGGCCGAGCCGGGAGGCGCGGCGGGGACCGCCGAGGCCGCGCCCCCUCCCGGGCAGCCCCCUCCCGUGGUGGCCAACGGCCCGGGCGCCGGCCCGCCGCCCCCCGCGGGGGCGGCCCGAGACGCGCUCUUUGAGUCGCCCCCCGGCGGCAGCGGCGGGGACUGCAGCGCCGGCUCCACGCCGCCCGCCGACCCGGUGGCCGUGUCCGGGGCGGCGGCGGCGAGCGCGGGGGGCCCCGCGCGGGGGUCGGCGCCGCACCACCCGCACCUCCUGGAGGGUCGCAAGGCGGGCGGCGGCAGCUACCACCACUCGAGCGCCUUCCGGCCGGUGGGCGGCAAGGACGACGCCGAGAGCCUGGCCAAGCUGCACGGGGCGUCGGCGGCGGGCGCGCCGCACUCGAGCCCCGCGCAUCACCACCACCACCACCACCACCCGCACCACCACCACCACCACCACCACCCCCAGCCGCAGCCGCAGCCGCAGCAGCCGCCGUCGCCGCUGCUGCUGCUGCCCCCGCAGCCCGACGAGCCGGGGCCGGAGCGCCACCACCCGGCCCCGCCGCCCCCGCCGCCCCCGCCGCCGCCGCCGCCGCCGCCCGCUCUGGCCCCGCCGCCGCACCACCGAGGCCUUCUGUCCCCCGGGGGCACCAGCUGCAGCUACCCCAGCGAGGACAGCUCCGUGGACGACGACGACGAGGAGGAAGAGCAGGAGGUGGACGUGGAGGGCCACAAGCCCCCAGAGGGCGAGGAAGAGGAGGAGGAAGGCCGGGGGCCCGACGACGACGACGAGGAGGAGGAGGAGGAGGAAGACGACGCGACGAGGGUCCUGCUGGGGGACCCCUUGGUCGGGGGCGGCCGGUUCCUGCAGGCCCGAGGGCUGUCGGAGAAGGGGAGCGGCCGGGAGCGCGCACCCCCCGCCGCGGGCCCUUUCCCGCUCGCCCUGAACUCCAGGCUGGUGCCGGACGACUCGAAGCUGGGGGACCCCGGCGCCCCGGACCUCGCCCAGCCCCCGCCGCCCCCGCUGGCCUCACAGAAAACGGGCGGCGGGGGCAGCAGCGGCCCGGCCAGCCCUGCGCGCCAUCCAUCACUGGAGGAGCCACCCUCCUACAAAGAUAAUCAGAAAACUAAAGAAAAUAACCAAGUGAUUUUAUCUACGAAAGAUGACAACAACUUUUCAGAUAAGAACAAGGAGCAUAGCUUUUUCAUCACAGAAUCUGAUGCCUCCGGAGGAGAUUUUUGGAGAGAAAGAUCAGGUGAACACACACAAGAAACGAACUCACCUCAUUCACUCAAAAAGGAUGUAGAAAAUAUGGGGAAAGAAGAACUUCAGAAGGUUUUAUUUGAACAAAUAGAUUUACGGAGACGACUAGAACAAGAAUUCCAAGUGCUGAAAGGAAAUACAUCUUUCCCAGUAUUUAAUAAUUUCCAGGAUCAGAUGAAAAGGGAACUAGCCUACCGAGAGGAAAUGGUGCAACAGUUACAAAUUAUUCCCUACGCAGCAAGCUUGAUUAGGAAAGAGAAGCUUGGCGCCCACCUCAGCAAAAGCUAAAAGGUGCACAGAACCACUUACUCUUGUUCUCUUGUAAGAUACAGCUUGCCACUGAGCACUUCUGACCCACAUAAGGACUUUGAAUUGAAAGGGCUUGGG